GGAAUACAAUUAAAAUUUUCCUACAUGCACAUUUCUCAUUCUCAUGAACAAAUAUAUCACAUAAAAGAAGAAUUACCUCACAGACAGCGACACUCAUCUCCAUCCUGGACAGUCAUGAAGACACUCGUGCUAUGCCUGCUUGUUGCCGGGGCCUUAGCCGCCCCAUCCCGCAAGCCCACCUUCCGUCGGGGAUUGAAUAGGAUUGUUGGUGGUGAGGACACACAUCACGGCGAGAUCCAGUACCAACUUAGCCUGCAAGACACUUCGUACAGUGAGCCAUGGCACUUCUGUGGAGGUAGCCUGUACAAUGAGCACUGGGGCAUCACUGCUUGUCACUGUCUGCAGUACGAUGUGGCCUAUCCGGGAAUUGUCCAGGCUGUGGCUGGUGAAUACACCCUGGAGGCAAAUGAUGGUUCCGAGCAGCCACUGAGACUGGAUGAGAUCAUCCUUCACCCACAAUUUAACAGCUCGGCACUCACGAAUGACGUCGCCCUCAUUCACUUUAGGCAAGCAAUGCUUUAUAACGAUUAUGUUUAUCCCGUCGGCCUUCAAAGAGAAAAAGAGCUUGUAGGCGUCGACUGCACCGUCACGGGAUGGGGAGCUUUGUCAGAGGGAGGGAGUGCCGCCACAAUCCUGCAGAAAGUUCACGUUCCUACUGUGUCCGAUGAGGAAUGUAGAUUAUCUUACUACGGUAUUGAAGAUUCCAUGAUCUGUGCUGGAUAUCCCGAAGGUGGAAAGGACGCCUGCCAGGGUGACUCUGGUGGACCUAUGGUGUGCAAGGGAUACCUUACUGGCAUCGUGUCCUGGGGCUACGGCUGUGCUCGCCCCAAUUACCCGGGGGUCUACACGGAGGUGGCCUACUUUGUGGAUUGGAUUACCGCUAAUGCUGUAUAGAUUGUACCAUUGAGAUGGUCAAAACAUAGCACGCUAAAUUAAAAUAGUUACAAUUA